AUGAAUUCUUUAAUUAGUGCAUCCAGCAACGGCGAUAUAGCUCAGCACGCGACAGCUAAGUAUCUUUGCGCAGCCCGAGGACCGGACCUUCCAAUAAACGCAAGGGCAGCUGAACUCGGCUGUAGCGUCGGCCACCACGAAAUGACAGCGAAGUCCAAGCUGUAUACUGAUCUGCACGACAGCAGAUCCAGUAACUACGAUUCCAAUGCACGAGCUUCAACUGUUAAGCCUAAAAAGAGUGUGCGGUGGGCUACAAUUACCGUGCACGAGUUUGGCGUAGGACUAGGCGGCAGCGCCGUUUCCAGCAAGGGUGGUCCGUCCAUUGGCCUCGCAGAUACACCCGAGUUCACGUGGACAACUCGAGUGGGCGAGAUGGCCGAGUGUGUCGAGGGUGUGCAUCGCUUCACGCCUGGUCAGCGUAUCCGCCUACUACAGGCCGCCGGUAUCCCGGAUGGAAUUAUCACACGCCACGCAAGAGAAACCAACAUCAUUCUGGGUUCGCGACGACGUUCAAAGACCAGUUGGAAAGACGGCGAACUGGACGAAGAGGACGAGAGAAAAGUGGAAACGUACGGUAGAUUACCAAAAAAACGCAGUGCUGAGCAGGCCCUACUAGAGCAUCCGCGCUCCAUCUUUUUGAGACGACCAAGAAUGAUCGCGGUGAAUUAUGUGUAG